GCAAUAAAAAUAUCAUAUUGGGAGUUAGCAUCGAAAACCGAAUCGAAUGAUAUACUUUUGUUACCCUGUCCGACCACCUUUGUUUUUUUCGAUUUUCACGUCGAAGAAUUACUGAGAUUUUCACCAAAACAUAAAAAUCAACGAAAAAUUUCGAAACAUAUAUCAUUCGAUUCGGUUUUCGAUGCUAACUCCCAAUAUGAUAUUUUUAUUGCAUAAAAAAUGAGUUCUGAUGGAGAAAACAGAGAAUUACGGACAGAAUUCCGAUUUUUUCGCUUCUGAUUCAGAAAAAAUGUACUUUCUCAGGAAUGAAAUAAAUUUUUGAAAAAAGCGAGCCGUUUUUUGAAGAGGGAGCAUCCAGCGAUUCUAAUUAUGUAAAAAUAUUGACUCCGGGACUCUCGAGAAAGUAUCUGCCGUGUAGUCGUUUUGCUUUUAACAUCUUUGGCGAAUAGGCGUUUAGAUAUAUAAAGGCUUUUAUCCCAUAUUCUAGUUCGCUUUUCAACGCUGAACAAGAAUAUCUGAGUUUGAACGUUUCAAGUUGUAACCAAACUUAGAAAAGUCAAAUUUAAAAAAAGGCGUGAAAAACCGGGUUUUUGACCUCUUCAUAGUAUUUUACAAUUUUUUCAGCGAGGAAACGAUUUUGAGAGGCCGGGAACACAUAUUCGUGAUCAGCACGCGAUUCUCUAUCGAAUGAUGUGUAAAAUAUAGAAAACUAAAUCCUGCUCGAUCUUUGCUUUAUGUGCAUCUUACAAAAAGGCCAUGUCUAUUGGUAGCUAAUUAGCUGGCUGCAGCUCGCAUUUGACAUUGAGCGUAUCGACAAAUUUGUUAAGUAAUGAGAUCAAUUGAUUAAUUCUACACUUGCUCGCUCACAAGAGAAAUGCAAAUUCACCUCAAACAUUCAAUAUCACUAGCUUUUGCUCUUUGAAUCAUUAAACUGAAGCGAAAAUGCUAAAAGCUGAGUGACGCGUUAAUCUUCACAGUGUAGCUACCGUUUGAGUUAACUUUGACUUAAAUCAAAGUAAACUUUAAAGUUAUUGUACUGCAGACGUGGCCAAAUCUAUUCUUGUUAAAAACACAGCUAUUUUUUUUCCUUUUAACUUAUUUUUGUUCUAGACGAUUACAAAGCCGAUGGAUUUCGAUGGGAUAAUUACGGCAACGUCUUUUUCUCUAAAUCAGGGAAAGAAUUUCGAAAAUAUUAUUUCAAAACUUGUACGUCGAUCAAAGAAAAUGAAAAUAAAUUCAAGAAAUUCAUUUAUGUGUCCACAUCCGAUGCUUUAAACGUCAUAGUGAUUUAUAUUGGUAGGACUGUAGUUGAAUCACAAACGUCUCAUCAGCAUUUGUUUCUUGUUUCUAUAACUUCUAGGUGAUGUGAGUUAUGCACAGCAGAGGCCACAUGGCAAUGUUAAAAAAACAGAAAAUGCUUCUUCAUUCCAUCGUACAAAACCUUCAGUAUUAAACAAUAUUAAAGAAGUCGUGCAACAUAAUACUGGUUCGAAAGUGUAUAAAGACAUAAUUUCCACAAGUGAAUUUGAAUCAAUCUGUCCAAGAAACGUCAAACAGACCAAUAAUCUUCGUCAUUUAUUUCUCAAUAAAAAUCGUCUAACGAAUGAUGAAAUAUUGAAUGUGAUACAAUUAUCGUUUGAACUAAAUGAUUUCAUCAGAGUUGCAUCUUUUCCUAAUGUGGCAAUUGUGUUGAUUCAUAAAGAAUCAGAAGAUAUAUUCAAAAAUUUAUUGGAAGCAACUAGUGAAUACAUACAACUGUUCUAUGAUACAACGUUUAAAAUUGGAUCAUACUAUUUGUCAAUCUUGAUUAGUGACCACGAAAGCAGUUUUAUCAAAGCAUUUACACAAACAUUUCCAAAUCUAAAACUGGCACGAUGUGGUCUGCAUUACUCAAAAGAUCUACGUACUUGGCUAAAGGCUGAUUUUAAAAAGCACUUUGAUCCUACAGUGCAUAAUGGAUACAAUCCACCAUAUGACGAUGAACCACAAUUGCUAUUAUCAGAAAGAGUACAACGAGCACGAAAUAGUCACAUUGAUCAUCAUCAGAACAGUGUAUCUGAACUACUAGCAAGUGAAACAGAAGCUGAAUUUCAAUCAAUACUGAAGAGAAUAAAACCAACAUGGACACAAUCAUUUCAACGUUACUUUGAAAAGAAUCACCUGAACAAUAUUGAGCAAUUAGCUAAUGCACCACCCACUUCGAAUGCAGCUGAAUCAAUGAAUUCAGCGAUCAAAAAAUACUUACAUUUCAAACAGCAAUCAAUGGACCGUUUUGUUACAAACACAUACCCAUUUAUGGGAUAUUAUGUUACGGAAAUUCAUCGAGGCUAUUGUCAAUUGGGGUCAUACAAAUUGAAAUCAGAAUAUCAUCAUCUUGCUGCCGAUCCAAAUAUACUGACGGUGAAUAAAACUUAUAAUAUUGAUGAUGUAUUGGUUCAAAUCAAAGAACAUUUGAUGAAAGAAAAGAAAAAUCAAACAAACGUUCAUUCUCGAUCACUUUUUACAUUCAAUAUGUUUGAGAGCAAUGAAGACGAUAUUGAAGAUAUCGAUGAAACAAGUGACAAUUCAAGCCUAACAACCACAGCAGCCUCAACGUCAUCAGUAAACCAACCAAAUAGUACUGUCGUCAAACAUAGUAUGACCACGGAAGAAAAAGCUAAGAUGAUUAUCAGUCAACGUCUCGUCAGUUUUGAUGAAGAGGCAAAAGUGUUUAAUGUUCAAUCAUUGGAUAGAACAAACUGUUAUUCUGUACAUUAUCACGAUCCAAAAGUUCUACCCAAGUGUAGUUGUAAUAAUCGUGCGCAGAACUGCUCUCAUGUUGCAACUGUGAAACUCGUAAUGGGAACACCAUUAUCAGAUCGUGAUCGUCAAAUAAAUCUUGGCACCAUACGCAAGAGAAAGCGGCAACAAGAUAAAGAAGGCGGAAGUGGGAACAAAUGUCCAAAUAGAGUUGAUCGUGCAGUUGCGAAGCAAUAUAAAGCUGAAGCAUUGAAUAAACGAACAUCGCCAUAUUUUGAUAAUGAUUCAAACACAACGAAUCACUCUACACCUUCACCGUCUUUUCGUGUCAAUCCUGUUGCAACGAAUCUACUAAAUGCACCAACAACAACACAAACAUUGCGUUUCAUCGCACCAAAACGACCACCACUGCAAAAUAUUCAAAAAAUGACGUUCCAUUUUAUCUUGCAAGCUCCGAUGAAAACGAAAAAAGAUUUGAUUAAUCAUUUAAAUGAUUAUGUUCAAAAUGUACCACAUCAAUGGGCUCAAAUACACGGUACCUCUCCAAAUCAAAUUCAUCAACAAAAGUUGCUUGAUUUUUACAACUCAUGUGUUAAAAAUAAACAAUUUGGUCGAAAAUAUUAUCCCAGAUCAGGAAAUUAUAUAUAUCGUUUCGAAAGAAGUAACAAAAGUGGUGAGAUGUGUUUUGUGGUUGAUCAGUUUGUGAAACAAACGGGAAGACAUGCCAAGACAACUGAUUAUCACGAAAAAAUGACUCGACGUGUGUUUCUUCGAGAUCAGUUGGUGAAACUGAUGGUAGAUUAUUAUAUUGUUGAAGGAAUCAAAACAGGCCGUGCACCGUCGAACAACUCUUUUGAUCGAAAGUACAAAGAAAACAAUUGGAUUGUGCGCGAAAAAGUCAAUCCAGUUUUUGAUUACAUGUAUCAAUUGAUUAGGUUCGAACGGGACGGUGAAAGUUCGUCAGAUGAAGAAGAAAAAGAAAAUGCUGAUAGUCGAAAAGAUAAAUCAACGCCAAAUGUCGUCGUUACAACAGCACAACAAGGUCCAGCAGCAGUUUCUGCAACAGUUUUAGCUGUCGUCACAAGUACGACACCAACAGCUGCUCUUAAUCGUGAAUUAAGACGUAGCACUGAUGAAGGUGGUUCAUGUUCAGCUGCUAAAAAGACAAAGAAAGAUAAAUCUGAUCAACCACUUGAGACGAGAACAACAACAGUUAAACAACACAGCGAUCCGGGUCGUACAGCGGCUUCUGCACUUGCACAAGAUAUGACACCAGAAACAUUUAAACGUGAAUUAAGACCAAGGAAAAAAUGA